AUACACACAGACACAGACACACACGCUCACACACACACACACACACAGGCACACACGCUCACAGACGCACAGACACACACAUCACGAGGAUGAUCCCGUUUGUUGUGUCUGGGGUACGGUUCGUGCUGUCGCUGCGCAACUGGCUCAUGUCGCUGACAGACCCCACGAGCGGUGGCGGCACGGGAGGGUGGUGGGUGUCUGGGGUUGGUGCAGGAAGCGGCGCUCAGUACUUCAACCUGCUCGAUUUCGAUACACGGGACCUCGACGAGAACACAAGCAGCAGCAGCAGCAAUGCCCGUGGCGGUAGUGCUGGUGACAGCGUGGGUGUGGAUAUGGAGGCGUUCGUGGAGGAGCGAUAUCGACGUGACGAGCGAGCGCGCAGCGUCCUGGCACGCAGACCGUCUCAUCAGCGGCAACUGGAGGCACCACCGCAACACGCGGCCCUGACCAGCUCAUGACACGGCUCUGCCUGCCUGUUGGUUGAUGUGUGUAUGCAUGUGUAUGUAUAUGCAUGUAUGUGCAUGCGUGUGUUUGCGUGUUUGCGUGUGUGUGUAUGUGUAUGUAUGUGUGUAUGCAUGUGUGUAUGCAUGUGUAUACAUGUGUGUAUACAUGUGUGUAUGCAUGUGUAUGUGUGUGUGUGUGUUUGCCAAUUUGCAUGUUGUUGUUUAAUUCACCAAGGCCUUUACAACGCGCCACAUUCUAGCUUGCAUACUCUGCAUCUAAGCGACAGUAAACGAUUUACCCUCG